UUUCGUUUUUAAUCGUUUAACAUUUUAGAGAAUUGUUUUAAAAAAUAGAUAUAAUUGAAAAUUAGUAAAAUGAUGUUAAAUCUAUUAAAAUGUUUAUCGGACAAUCAUGGAUUAUUAGAAUUAAAGAAAUCAUCGUCAUUUUUAACAUUAAGGCUGUCAUUGAAUACAUCAGUAGUUUCUAAAUGCAAGAAAAAGGAAUCAGAUGGUGAAUUUCGAAUUGAGAAGGAUACUUUUGGUGAAGUGAAGGUGCCUGUUAAUAAAUAUUAUGGAGCCCAAACAGUGCGAUCAAUGCAAAAUUUUCCAAUAGGUGAUAGCUUUGAACGCAUGCCUUAUGGUGUUAUUGUUGCAUAUGGUAUAUUAAAAAAAGCUGCAGCUGAAACAAAUAAAGAACUUGGAAUGGAUGCUAAAGUAGCAGAUGCUAUUAGUCAAGCAGCAGAUGAUGUUAUAUGUGGAGAUCUUUAUAAUGAACAUUUUCCAUUAGUAAUUUGGCAAACAGGUUCCGGAACUCAAACAAAUAUGAAUGUUAAUGAGGUAAUUUCAAAUCGUGCAAUUGAAUUACUUGGUGGUAAAUUGGGAUCAAAAACACCUGUUCAUCCAAAUGAUCAUGUAAAUAAAUCUCAAAGUACUAAUGAUUCAUUUCCAACUGUUAUGCAAGUGGCACUUGCUUUAGAAAUUAAUAGAGUUCUUCUUCCUGGUUUGGAAAAAUUAUAUAAUGCAUUAAAUGAAAAAGUUAAUGCAUGGAAACAUAUUAUAAAAAUUGGUAGAACUCAUACUCAAGAUGCUGUGCCUCUAACAUUAGGACAAGAGUUUUCAGGUUAUGCACAACAAAUUUGUAAUGGUAUUCAAAGAGUGAAAGAUACUCUUCCAAGAUUAUAUCAAUUAGCACUUGGUGGUACUGCAGUAGGAACAGGAUUAAACGCACCAAAAGGUUUUGCAGAGAAAGCAAUUGCAAAGAUUGCAGAUAUUACUGGUUUACCAUUUGUACCUGUUGUUAAUAAGUUUGAAGCUUUAGCAUCUAGAGAUACCAUAGUAGAAACACAUGGAGCAUUUAAUACAGUAGCAGUUUCACUUAUGAAAAUAGCUAAUGAUAUUCGGUUUUUGGGAAGUGGGCCUCGCUGUGGUUUAGGAGAAUUAUCUCUUCCUGAAAAUGAGCCAGGAAGUUCUAUAAUGCCUGGUAAAGUUAAUCCAACGCAAUGUGAAGCAUUGUCUAUGGUUUGUUGUCAAGUAAUGGGUAAUCAUACUGCUAUCACUGUUGCUGGAAGCAAUGGUCAUUUUGAAUUGAAUGUAUUUAUACCUGUAAUGAUUUCAAAUGCUUUAAGAUCUGCGAGAUUAUUAGGUGAUGCCUCUGCAUCAUUUACAAAGAAUUGUAUUGUUGGUCUUAAAGCAAAUGAAGAACAUAUUAAAAAACUCUUAAAUGAGAGUUUAAUGCUUGUCACUGCUUUAAAUCCACAUAUUGGUUAUGAUAAGUCCGCUAAAAUUGCAAAGCAAGCUCAUGCAGAAAAUAUCACGUUAAAAGAAUCAGCAGAGAAAAAUGGUAUAAGUCCAGAACAAUUUGAUGAAUGGGUAAAACCUGAAGAAAUGAUUGGUCCUAAAUAAAAUUAAUCAACAAAACGAAA